CUUACAUGCUACAGUUAGGCAUUUGCGUUUAUAGACGUACAAUUAAUUAUAUUUUACAUAAUUAAUAACCGUGUUGAUGGUGGUAGAGUAUGAAUGUGAUGUAAUGAAUUUUAAUAUUGAAUACAGUUGAAAAUAUAUUGCGUACGUUUCAUUGAAUUCUGAGUAUUAAUCUUCUAUGUAUGAUAAUUAUGGAUUGAAUAUUUUUAGGACUUUAUCAGAAUAGUGAGUGCUUGAUAGCUGAUUGUUUAAUCAAACAUUUCAAAUUAUUUCAUGGUAAUUAAGUGUUCGGGUACGCCCUUUUUCAGUAGUUACACAUUUUUCGUGUCCUAUAAUAGGACUCCUAUUGCAAUCUAACUGUUAGUACUGAUCGUAGGAGUUCAGACGCGAAGAUCGGAUGACAAAUUGGGUUGAACCACAAUUAUUGUUGUGGCAGAUAUGUUUUUAAUUUCGUUGAACGGUGUAGUUUUUUCGCGUGAUUUCUUUCCUUAUGCAAUAUAUGAAGUAAUGAAAUUAUUAAUAGACUAUUAAUAUUUUUCGCAUUAGGACAGGACACAAAUGACAGAUUUUUUUUUCAUAAUUAUGGUAAAAAUAUAAUACUGACAUAAUAUGACGAACGCGUUUGAAUGCCGCGGGAAGAUCUGCAGUCUUCAAAGAUCUUGCCGUUCAGUUGGUCACACCUCUAAAACACGAUUACUGAUAAUCGUGAUAAUAUCAUCCGCUCACUGAUGCCAUAUCAAAUCGGAUAUUCGAAUGUAAUAACUAUAAUAAUAUUGCCUGGUAAUUGGAACUCCAAAUCCUCAAUAUUCUUGUCUUGAAUUUCGUAUUUUUAUUGGAAAUCUCGUUUAAUAUUAAAACUUGAAAUGUCGGGUAACGAUAGUACGUCGGGCGGCGUGUUUUUGGUCUCUGUCGUCGGUCAGAUCGAGAAAGGCCACUUUUCAAACUACGACAAUAUGUAUUGCAAAUACGCAUUCGUCUACGGACCUGAUUGGGAAAUCGUCACUGGUAUCGAAGAAGGCAUAUCCCAAAUCGCUCAAAAGAGCCAAGACGAAAGGCAACAGGUCGUCUGGAAUUUUCCAUUAGACGUUUCUUUCAAGAGUACCAAUCCUCACGGGUGGCCACAACUAAUCAUUAGUGUUUAUGGAUUGGACACUUUUGGGAAUGAUGUUGUGAGAGGCUAUGGAGUGUGUCACCUACCAGUUGUUAAUGGACAAUCUUCUGAAGAGAUGAUUACGUUUGUACCUGAAUCGAGUUCGACAUUACAAAAACUGACUUCAUGGUUGACUGGCAAAAGACCAGAGUACGUGGACGCACGGUUAUUAGCCAGGGGUGAUGGCAGGGAAGUGACUAGAGUUAGAAGUCAAGGAUGUGUUUGGAUACAAUUUAAUGUUGUGUUCAAAGACUUUCAUCAUUAUGGAUUUGAGAACGAUAAUAACAGUUAAACAUCUGCUAUCAAUGACAGUCUGUGAAAAAAAAGCCCCAAUCACUGAAAAAAAGUACUAUCAAUAUUUUAAUUUUCCUCAUAGUAUGUUCAUACAAUCACUAUAGUUGGAGCUUACCGAACAAAUAAUAUGACUGAAUGAUAGUUAAUUAUUUGGAUUUAAAAAAAAAAAAAAAAAAUGUAAAUUUCUGUGAAUGAAUCAAAAUUGUCAUUAAAUACUAUUAUAGAAAAUAAA